UACUGUAGUGCAUUAACUGCACUGAUCAGUAUUCCUUCUUAAACUGGGAAAUGUGGUUGGAUGUAGCUCGGGAAAGGUUGGAAUCAGAGAAACCAUGGGUAACUCACAAACGAGACAUCUGAAUUCCGGGAUCGUUCAUUCUACCCGAUCAACAGCAUACUCAAGUUCUAUAGAUUACGACACGGUUUCUUUAGAUAGUGACAGUGAUACAGAUUUGCCCUUCCGGUUCAGUUUUACACGAUUGUCAAAUCUUCCACCUUUACCCGGUAUCCAUCCUCUAGACUAUAAAGCAUACAUGAAUACACCAAGUACAUCCACUGCCAGCACAAAGCAAUCUCAACGCACCCUCAAAUAUGGACGACAGACAACUUUUCAUUUGCCAUUAAUUUCAAACCACGUCUCUGGUUAUCAGCAUCUUCAUCCUGGCGGUGUUGUUACAGUGAAGGAAAAACCAAAGGAAAAGAAAAAUUCUAAGACUGGAAGGAAAAAGAAGAAAAGUACCAAGAAAAAAAGAAAAGCUUUUCAAAAACGUUAGAAGUCUACGUUGAA